UUUACUCAUGACUUCGAACGAUAUCCGCGACGCGUUCGAGUCUUUCCGAGAAGAACUGGACGAACAUAACGAUAGAAGAGAACGUCUCAUAAAGGCUAGCCGAGACAUCACCAACAUCUCCAAGAGAACCAUCUUCCUCCUUCACCGCUUAGUCCAAGAAUCCAACACCUCCGAUCCAUCCGAGUACCUCUCAGCAUGCAAACACGCCGCCUCCAAAGGUCGUGAAAAGCUUCGUCAAGUACAACAAAUCUAUGCUAGUUUGAAGGAAGAGUUAAUUGACGAAGAACGAUAUUGGAGGUAUCAAAAACAGGUGUCUCCUGGCUUACAAGAGUACAUCGAGGCUUUGAGUUUUGCUUGGUUUCUGGAGAACGGGACAUUAAUCCCCUCCGCGGAGGUUCAGAAGACGUUGAUGGGCGAGGAUGGAGCGCCGUACUUCCCUUUAACUACGUCCGACUACCUGUUGGGUGUUUCAGAUUUGACAGGUGAACUUAUGCGAUACGCCAUAUCAGGCUUUGGGAGACUGGGAGGACGCUCAAGAGCCAGCGAAGUCUGCUCGUUUGUCCGGAAUUGUAGAGCAGAUUUCGAACGGUUUACACCAUACAUGUGGGAGCUCAACAAAAAACAAGACGUUACUUCCCAAUCGUUAAUGAAGAUGGAAGAUGCUGCAUACGCAGUCGCUGUCCGCGCCUCAGAAUAUGACAUGUCUCCAGACCAACUCGACCAAUUAGUCAAUGACUUUCUCGCAACCGCUUCAACUUCUGAUGACAUAGAUCGGGAUAGAGAUCGGGACAGGUAUAGAUAUUCAUAACCUACCGCG